AAUCAGUUCAUGUUUCGAAUUGGCGCCAUCUCACAAACCACCUGGACAUGCGAAAAGAUUUGCUCUUGUCGCUUAAUCAGUUAGAAAUUCAUUCAUGUACUAAUGUAUAUCUGUUCAGGACUUCCGCCGACAUAGCCAUAUAGCCAGUGUACACUCCCCCGCAGUGGCAUAUCUCCAGAAUUGAUAACAGAAGCGCUAGAUAUUAAGCCUCUUCACCAUGGGCAAGCCGCGGAUGAUCAUUUUGAUCCGCCAUGCUCAAUCCGAAGGGAACAAGAAUCGCGAAAUCCAUCAGUCUGUCCCUGACCAUCGAGUUAAACUCACAGCCGAAGGUCAUAAGCAAGCACUCGAGGCGGGACGCAGACUACGAGAACUACUACGACCGGACGAUACGCUACACUUCUUCACGUCGCCAUACCGCAGAACCCGCGAGACAACGGAAGGGAUACUAGAGUCGCUCACAUCGGACGACCCGUCACCAUCGCCUUUUCCACGACAUACGAUAAAGGUUUACGAAGAACCACGUCUGCGGGAACAAGAUUUCGGGAACUUCCAACCAUGCUCGGCGGAGAUGUCACGUAUGUGGCAGGAAAGAGCUGACUAUGGGCAUUUCUUUUAUCGGAUUCCCAACGGAGAAUCCGCUGCAGACGCCUACGACCGAGUGAGUGGAUUCAACGAGUCUCUGUGGCGGUUAUUUGGAGAGGAUUCUUUCGCAAGUGUAUGCGUGCUUGUCACUCACGGGCUCAUGACUCGGGUAUUCUUAAUGAAAUGGUAUCAUUUCAGCGUGGAGUACUUUGAGGAUCUACGAAACAUCAACCACUGCGAGUUUGUGAUUAUGGAAAAGAAUCCAGAUAACGGGAAAUAUGUCUUGCAAAACAAAUUGCGAACAUGGUCUGCUCUCAGGCAGGAGAAGGAAGAAGAGCGAAAGCGUGAGGAGGCAUCUGCGCCCAAGGGUAAUACUCCGGGACAUUUACCAGAGGCCGAAGUGCCCGUACUUCGGAAAUGGGGCGGUUGUCCUAAUGGUUGUGCGCAUGGUGAUGCGGUAUCGACGACAUGGCGUCCAACGCGGCGUGAUGAGGUUGAUGUAUUCAGGGACGAUGAUGGAGGCGAGACAACGGAUGCCAAUGGAGGAAGAAAACAUAGCCCGUCUGCAGAUCGCAAGAAGUCAACAUUCAAGAGGAUGCCGUCUCUCAAAGAUAGGAAGACGAUCACUCAUAUCGACAAAUCGAAACUUCAUCUGACAAUUGAGUCUCAUCCCGAUGAUAUUGUGUCUUCGCCCAACCAGACUCCAUCUUACAUCUCCCUGGGCGGUAUUGUCAACCCCCGCGAACCAGGUGAGAGUGAGGCUCUGGAGCUCUCCCCGGCCGCGGAUCAAGAUACCUCCAAGGACAAAGCACACACCCCUCAUCACCAUCUCGCCGUCCGCGACGGGGGCAACUCGACCAUUGGCGUGAAGAAUGCAGAUAUAUCAGACUCCGAGUCAGACGCUAUGCUCCCCGAGAAGAGCGAAUCGUUCCCCGCAAUCGUUGGCAGCAACACUAAUCUCAAAUACAACGCCCAUCCGGAGCAUAGUGUACAAGACGCCGAAGACGACGGCGACGACGAAGGAGCUGGUACCUCACGACGAUCCCGACGAUCUACAAAGGCCAUUUAUCAGAAUCAUCACCAUCAUCAACAACAUAAUCACCACUACAAUAACGGCACUGGUGUUGAGAAAUUGAGUACUUAUCAUGCACCGCCGCGUAAAGCGAAUGCAUUGGGCGACAUGGCGGAUGAUGAUGAUGACAGCAACAACAUGGAUAACGACAAUACAAACGCAGACAUAGAAGGAAGGGAAGCAGAAGUUGACAAAUUAAGAAAGGAAGAGGAAAGUGUCUCUGGGAGUGUAUACUGAAACAACAGCCCCAGUAACGGAGCAAAUUCAUGAUACCACGACAUGAUACUCAACUUACGAAG